UAUAUACAUACAUACAUGGGUAUUUUAAUAAGUCAAAUAAAAUCGGAUAAUCACACGCCCUAUCCAGGCAUCUCACGGCUGACGCCUUCUCUCUACCUGUGCGGCGCUGCGGCUGUGGUGCCCGCGCAUCUGGACAAGCUGGGCGUGAGCUGUGUUGUGAAUGUGGCGCCCGAGCUGCCGGACACACCGCUGUCCAGUGUCAGUAAUCCAUUGUAUCUGCGCAUCAAUGCACAGGAUCGGGCCGGAGUUAAUUUGGCUGCCCAUUUCGAUGAGGUGGCCGAUUUGAUUGAGGAAGUGCGUCUCAGUGGCGGCAGCUCCCUGGUGCACUGCGUGGCCGGCGUCAGUCGAUCCGCCUCCCUAUGCUUAGCCUAUUUAAUGAAAUACGGCGGUAUGAGUCUCCGGGAAGCCUAUACACACGUGCAAUCCAUACGGCCACAAGUUCGACCCAAUUCCGGAUUCUUUCAGCAGCUGCGCCAAUACGAGCAGGAAUUGCGUGGCAGCUGUUCGGUUGAAAUGAUUUACUUUGCCUCAUUGGACAAGGAAAUUCCCGAUAUCCUGGAGCCGGAAUACAGAGCCAUGGAGGAUUUCUAUCAACGAUAUCGCAGCUCGCUAAAGAAACGUUAAGCUAAGAUUUAAAAAUCCCCGCUCCCUCUUUAAUGUUUUUUGUGAUAUGUGUAAUAGUUUUUUUUUUGUAAAUAAUUUACUCUUAGAUAUUUUAGUUGUAGAAACUAACUAUUUGUAUGUAAUAACUAAUAAGUGUGCUGAUAAAUAUACGAAUAUGCUGAAUAUAUGAUAGAAA